UUUUAUCUCUAUCAAUUUAUAAUAAAGUAAACACUUUCAAUUUUUCACGAUUAAUAAUAAUUAUUUUCAUUUGUUCUACAUGUUAAAGAUUUUCUUUUAUUUCUAUAUCUCUUGUUUAGCUUUUCUUUUAUGUUUAAAUAAUUAGUUCAAAUAAUGUGAAUUAUAUUGUUUGCUUAAAAAGAAUGUCCAAUGAAAAUUCUUGGAAAUAAUUUUAUUGAUUCUUGGUGUAAUAUAAACGAGAGAGAAGUGAACAACACGGUGGCGAAGAAGAAGAGUGAGAAGUUUAGGCCGUGGACACACGAACGGUUUUUUUCCGGCCGGUUUUUUUGCCGUAAGAAGUUCAUAAUACACAGGAAGGCAUGGAGAAGGACACACUUCAGCCGGAGGCACUCACGGCUAUUCUCCACUUCGCUGGACGGCUGUUUUGCCGGUUCUCCGGCUGUUCGCCAUCCGGCAGUGUCCGGCGACCGUCGAACGGCAGUUGCAGUGUGUUCUGGUAUUCAACCGGCGCCGGAUCCAGGGAAACAGCCGGGCAGUUUUGCCGUCUCGUGUGUUCCUGGCCUAAGAAAACAUCCAUAUUGAGGAAACACAUUGCGUUUCAGGUCUGUCUGCCUGAUAAAGAAAAACCUAAUCAUCCAGUUAGGUAUGCAAGGUUACAUUAUUGUGAGAGUUGUGAAGAAAUUAAUAACAUCCCAAUAAAAUCAACACAUUCUUGGUAGCCAGUCAAAUGGUCGUUUUUCAGGAAAGUUUACUAUAAUAGCUCGUUGGUCUAGCCUCUGAAGCCAACAUCUACUGCCAUAUCACCAAAUCGGACGUCAGCGUCGGAUAGAAAACUUUUCUGCAGUUUGUUUACGACUUUACCUUAUCCUUAGACCAUUUAUAGAGUAGACACGGCCAAUUGUAUAUUCAUACUAAAAGUCGUUGAAGCCAACAUCUCUACUGCCAAAUUCGCCCACGUUGACGUCACAACAGUUUGUUGUGUUGUGGUGUUUAACAUUGUUGUUGAACAAUGCAUUGUUGUUAGCUUGGCUGUGACGUCGAUAUGGGCGGAUUUCGUAGUAGAUGUUGGCUUCAGAGGCUAGACUUCCCAGCGUGUCUACUCUAUAAAUGGUCUAAGACCUUAUCGUAGAGAAAAAUCAAAUAGACCAUUGACUACCUCCAGUUUGACCAACCCAACGGCAUAAAAAUAAAUGAAAGUAAAUUAAAUGAAGUGGUGAAAAUGAAUUAUUCGAUUUUAAUUCUAUUAUUCUUGAUAGAAUCUAUUUAAUAAUAUUUCUAUAAUAUUCACAGUUAGAAUGUCUAUCUUUAACGAUUUUUUAUUGCAAACACACAUCCUACACAAUAUCAAGUAAAUGCAAUGAUGCUAUCGUUCAUACUGAAACUAAUUAUAAAUAACAAUAAAGCAAUGAUUUACUCUCUUGAAUAAAUUAAUUAACUCUUAUUUCGUUAUGAUUUUUAAGAAUAUUUAUAAAUCAUUCAAGAUCGUUGUUCCUGCCAAAUCUGUGGAAAAGUUACUUAAUGCGAAUUUCUGGCCUUCUGAUGCUUUGGUACAAAGAGUUUUUGUGACAAAAACACCAACUGUAAAUCCUCGUGUUUUUUUAGUUUAGACAUAAACUUUUUAUGUCCAUAGAAUGGAGGUUUAUGUUG